AUGGAUAGUUCCUCUGAUGACUUCUGGGAGAAUGGCCCAACCUGGAACAGUGAUGAUGAAAAUAACGAGGACGAAGGCCCUCAACCGGCCAUAGAGACCGACCUGUAUGACAUCCUCGGCGUCCAGGAGGAUGCAACCCCGGAUCAGAUCAAGACUGCCUACAAGAAAAUGGCGCUGAAGCAUCAUCCUGACAAGGUUCCCCAGAGCCAGAAAGAAGAGGCCAAUACCAAGUUUCAGCAGAUUGCGUUCGCCUAUGCGGUCCUCUCUGAUGAGAAACGACGGAAACGAUAUGACCGGACUGGCAGCACGGCGGUGGCGGUCUAUCGAGAUGAUGACUUUAACUGGGUGGAUUUCUACCGCGAACAGUUCUCCGCCGCGAUCGAUGAGAAUGCGCUCGAUCAGAUCAAGAAGGAUUACCAGGGGACGGAGGAAGAGGCCAAGGACGUGCUGGCUGCAUACGAGACCCACCGGGGCGAUUUGGAUAAGGUCUACGAGUCGGUGAUGCUGUGUAAUGUGAUCGAUGACGAUGAACGAUUCCGCGCCAUUAUCGAUACGGCGAUCGCCGAGGGACGGACCAAGGAGUACAAGAAAUACGUGGAGGAGCCGGAGAAGAAGCGCCAGCUGCGACUGAAGCGGGCGCAGAAGGAGGCGAAGGAGGCCGAACAAUUGGGCAAGGAGAUCGAGGGGAAGAAGGCCGGCAAGAAGAAGAACAAGGGGGGAAAGAAGGACGCGAGCACAGGGGACAUGAAUGACCUGGCAGCGCUGAUCCGACAGCGGCAGGCCAGCCGUGCUGAUGCCUUCUUCGAGAAGAUGGAGGAGGUGUAUGAUGUGGAAAAGGGCCUGUUCAAGAACGGGAAGCGCCCGACCAAGCGGUCGCGCAAGAAUGAGCCUCCCACGGAGGAGGAGUUUUACCUUACUGCAGCGCGCUUGGGACAGAAUAAGAAGAAAAAGACCAAGUAG